GAAAUGAGGAACCGAGAUGAUUAUCUGAGGAACUCAAUACACUUAAUAACUAGCUUCUGGGUGUUUAAAUGAUUCCCACAAGUCCUCUUACAACUAAAGGAGAAAUUCCCCUAUCUAGAAAUUGGAUUCCACCGUUGAGUCACUCGUUCAGCUCACCUACGAAAAGAUGGAGGAGUGUAGCUACAGUCUUGCUAUUUUGGGCGAAGACAUGCUCGACAAGCUGGGCAAGAUGUUGGACAACUCUACCUGCGGAUGGAGGCAGCUGGCCAAAAUUGUGUGUGAAGAGCCUAAAUUCCGCUGCAGUGAAAAGGAUGUGACCAACUGCUCGCUCCAGGUGUUGAGUGCGACAGGAAGCCCUGGUCGCAGUUUUCUGAAUCUCCUGAUCGAUCGAUCCUGCUCUCUGCUCUUUCUGCUACAGUGUUUAAGAAAGACUGACCACCGGGAAGCUGUACAGCUCCUCACAAUGACAGUAACAGAACAAAUCCAGGUUACAGUCCAGCCCAACUCCCAAAGGGCACCACUGGGCAGCAGGGUGGUUUUGAUAUGUCGGGCCUUUGGGCCUCCCGGUUUGUGUUACCAGUGGUUCAAAGGCAAAGAUGAGAUUUUGGAAGCGACUGCACGCACACCUGAGCUUGUUGUAUGUCCUUUGGGCCCCGAGCACCAAGGUAGCUACAUCUGUCGAGUCAACCAUGGAGACAACUGUGUCUUUUCCCAGUGGGCUCAAGUGCGCUUGGUUGAACCUUCAGCCAGUGCGAGUCCAGGUUAUUGCAGCAGCAUGCUCUCAGGCUCAUCCAGUGGGGUGCGUAUCAUCUACCAGCCUCAGUCCCAAGCAGCAUCUGAGGGUGAUGCCUUGCUUUUAGAGUGCACUGCCGUUGCCAACCCUCCUGCUCAGUACCAGUGGUACCACAACUCUGUUGUGUUGCCACAAAACAAGGCGCGUCUACUCAAAAUCCCAUGUGUGACCACAGCACACAGAGGGCAGUAUAGAUGUAAGGUGUUCAACUUGUAUCACGAAGUAUGGAGUGACCCAGCUACUGUCAGCAUUGGCCCAUCUUCCAUCACUGAUCCCUCCUGGGUGGCAGUUGACCGCGGCCUGGAAUCCGAGGAAGUGGACAGUCCUAUCAUCAGCGCGGAAGUAAAUCCACAAAUGACCAAUCUAUCACCGUUAUCAAAGCAGUUCUAUGCCACAGACAAGGUAGCACUCCUUAUCGGCAACAUGAACUACCGCUACCACACUCAGCUCUGCGCUCCCAUGGCGGACGUCCACGAAUUGAGCAACAUUCUGAGGCAAAUGGACUUCAAGGUGGUCUCUCUGCUGGACCUCAACUGGCACGAGAUGCACAGUGCCAUCACGGAGUUUCUGCUGCUUCUUGGCAAAGGAGUUUACGGCUUGCUCUACUUUGCCGGUCACGGAUACGAGAACUACGGCAACAGUUUCAUGGUGCCCACUGACGCGCCGGCCUCGUAUACAUCGGAGCACUGCUUUUGCGUCCAGAACAUACUAACUAGAAUGCAGGAGAAGGAGACUGGACUCAACGUACUCCUGUUGGACAUGUGCCGGAAAAGAAACCCAAACGAUGAUGUCGUCGUCCAACCUGGUUUGUUGAAGGUGACUGCAAAUAUUGUGUUUGGAUAUGCCACGUGUGUCGAUGCCGAGGCUUACGAAGUGAAGAGAGAAAAUGUUUCCAACGGCAUUUUCAUAAGCUUCCUCAAGCGGCGGGUUCGCGAGGAUGAAAAGGUCACCGUAAUGCUGGACAGGGUGGCAGAAGACAUGGGUCGAUUUGAAAUCACUCGUGGGAGGCAGGCUCUGGAGCUCCGCAGUAAUCUGUCCGAGCGGCGUUCCCUCACUGAUCGUAUUCAGAUGUCAGACUGCACAGCAGCGUAUUCGGCUCGUAACCUACAAUGGGCUGUUGCUCAUGUCCUGCCAAAGAGCCUUUUCGUCCAUUUUGACUGUGGUGUUAAAGUCCAGCUUGGAUUUGCUGCCGAAUUCUCCAACAUCAUGGUCAUAUACACGCGUAUACUGGACAAGCCCGGAGAAAUUUCUUCAUGCUCUGCUCAGCUCGCUGACUUUCCUGAGGAUGUGGAUAUUGACCUGAAGAAAAGCAAUCAGGAAUCUCUGCUUGAAGCUGGAAGUUUAUUGUUAAUCAAAGAACAGCUUCCUUCGCCUGAACUCCCUAGUCGGUACACUCGUAUUUGCAGUCUGCAGAGACUCAAGAAGGAGCUCACGUUCGCCGUCUGUCUCCGUUACAUUUACGCCAACAUGGAGGAGGAAGUUGAGGAAAGGCAAGUGGUUACUGUCGGCAAACCGCUGGUUUCCAAACUGAACCUCCACCAACAACGACAAAGCUCAGCCUCGCCAUCUCUCAACCUGGAAUCAUGUACUAUUUCUGAGGUCUCCUCCGAGGACUUUGCGCCAUUAGCCUCCAACGUGUAGUUACUAAUCACACCCGCAACUAAUGCUGACGACUGUAAGGACGCGACAAAUUACUGGUACUGUUUUUUCAAAGCCUUGACAGAAAUGGACGAAAGUGUCAAGUUUUUUUUUAAUAUGAUGCCUCACAUAGACAUUACUAUAAUAAUUUUCUUUUACAGUGUAAAUGAGUAGUAAAACACACACACAUAAAAAUAUACUGUAAAUACCAGGAAUGCAGGCAUGCACUAGGGGGCAGUCAGAAAUGUGUAGGGGGCAUCAUAUGUACACUUCAAAUGUACGAGCCCCCCAGUGCUUAUAGUAACAACGUUCUCUUCAUUGAAUGGCGUACCGCAAGCAACACGUCACUUCCGCUCAUUAAUAUUCAUGGCAUUAGCUACUGUUGCUAAGCUAGGACAAGAAACCAUUUGUCCCUAAUAGGAAAUGAAUGGAAAUCGUGUACGAAGGUAAUGUUUACAGCGCUAAACCUACCAAUUCUCUCCGAAAAUGAUGUGCCUGGUGCCAAAUUGACUGGCAUAGAUGUGGAAGAACAUAAAAAUGUUCAGUUAAAGAGAUGGCUUUAGUGUCGAAGGCUGAAAAAGACGAAAAAAACGAGCCGAACCAAGCAUAGCUUUAGCUUUUUUUUAUCGACGCGACUGACAAUGACAUUCUCCGGUUUCAACAAGCUAUCCUUUACCAUCAGCCCUGUCUUUCUUUUAUAUCCUCUGGUCGUCCUACGUCUCGUACCGUUCUUGGGGGUAAUUUAGUUAGCUUUGUGUAGCGAUUGCAAAUGCUACUCAGUGACAGCCAACGAACACUUUUAAUUUUUUCAUUGAUAACACAUCUUAAUCCUAUAAUUUAUUUGCUCUUCCCCCUUACUAAAGUUGUUUUUUUUAUAUAUAUAUAACAAACGGUAACAGUGGCAGUCAGAUACCAUUGUAAUUCUUUUCAGGUCAUUCAUUGUCAGACAGAAGCAGUACGGCACAAAGUUACGCUAAAAAGAUAAGUUAAAAAUAUAAAAAUGGCUUCCCUCUUUGUCCUCUGAAAGACCAUGCCAACCCAACAUAAUGUUUACUUUAUAUGAAACGUGAAUGGAUUCGCCGAGCUGGUGUUAAAGUCCGCACAAGUUGAUUCGGUCUUCACCUUUUUUCCUCCCGAGUUUUUGGUUUCUGGAAACGUAUGAAGAAAACAUCCUUCAUGUGUCGUAAUGUCUAGAGUCGUUUCUACAAGUUCCAAAAAAGCAAUGUGUGAUCGGCAUGUUCGUUUUUGAAAGAUUACCGGCGAAAAGUAGCACUUUUUACGUUGGGUCUAUGCGAGGGCGGGUCUAUAAUGUCCCACUUCGGCUUUAUUUCCGCUUUACGAUGCGACGUCACGCUCUAAAAAUAGCCUGCGUGCGGUACGCCAUUGGGUUGUUAGCUGUGUCCUACCCCAACUUAGAGACGUGGAUUGCACUUAGUCAGGCCUCUACCUUCAUACCUGUCCAAUUUGGGUGUCCUACCUGAGGACUAAGCUCCUUCAGGUAUAGUUCUUAAGGUCACUGAGGCACGCAACCCCCCCUGACCAAAAUAAGGUGGCAAUCCCUUAAGGGAGGAAACUGAACAAUAAAAUAAAUAUCCUUCGUCCAGAUUAAAAAAACAAAAACGUAUCUUAACAGGAUGACCUAAUUCCCAAAUAAAGUGUAACCUGAGAACUGAAAGGUAGUCUUAUGAAUAAUAAUGAAAAAAAUACUUCUCAAACUAAUUUAUAUAACACAACCGAUAUAGAACAGAGCUUUUUUUUUUGUGUGUGUGGCUUUUUAAAAAAUUUUUAGCAACCAAACAGUUCAAAAUUUCCACAGCACUCCAUUUGACAACUGUCUCCUACUUCCUUUUGCAAAAACUCACAAAUUCAUCCAUGUCCAAGUUGUUAUGGACUUCUCAUGGGCCAAGAUCAUCAAUUGUCUUCACUUCAGUCUGUCACGUGACGUGAACAUGGACUUAUUUCUGUGCUUGUUGUGACUGACAAAAACCCAGCUGCUUCUUCAAAGUUUUCCCGCUUCGUGGCUGCGCUGAAACCUGACACCACAUUUUCUGGCGACGUCUAGGCACAUUUACAUAUUUCAGUGAUUGGAUGUUUACUGGGGGCCGUGCGCGCUUUACUGUGCGCGUGCGCUGGCCACACAGUGGAGGCAAAGAGAGAUGAGAGAGAACUGAUAGGAUAUAGUUUUCUUGUCCCCUUUUCAGCAGUUUUUUCCCCACUACUACAAAUUAAUCAGUUAACUUGUAAUGUAUUGAUUUUGUGAGUAGAUUAAAAUGUGCUUUCUCAACUUUGAAAAUUUUGAUUUUAGGGGGCAUGGCCCCCUCUAGCUCCUGCGUAGAGCCGGCGUCGGUAAAUACUCAAAUCCAGCCAAGAUAAAAUUUUCCAAAACAAGGAAAAUUGUGCUUGUUUUCUGACCAAAAUAUAUCUUUCUCCUUACAAGGCAGUUUUUGAGUACGCAAAUUUAAAUAUCUUGUCUCAGGCUUUUUAUGAGAACUUUUAUAGUACGAUAUAAAGUAGUAUAAAUACACUAGUUUUGGAAAUUGCUCGGUUUUGAGGCUGCUUAAAUGUCACUGUUUUAAUGGCUGAUAAUUUUGCUUAAAAUGAACAUACGGUAACUACAGAAAGCACAAAAGGACCUAGGCUGUUGUUUUGAUUUUAUUUAGGAAAACCUUCAUCCCAACAAUACACAUCUUUAGGCCAGGUAAGGGAAAUUAUUUGUAUAGCACAAGUUAAUACAAAGUGCUUUAAAUCAAAUGAACAUAGGCAAGACACAAUUCAGAAAUUUUUCGACUGCUUCCAGCCCCUCCCAGAUAAAAUAGAUUGGCUCUCGAUUGCCAUCAAUAGCUCCUAAAAAGUUAACCUAUGUCACAAGAGAUUUAUCAAACAUAACGAACAAAAAAUAAAUUGCUAGAGCAAAAUACACAUUGGGAACACAUAUUUGAAUUUGUCUUUAUUCUGUUUGAAAUUUAAAUUUAUUUAGAUUUUUUUCCCCCAUUUACCAUGACUUAUAAUUAUUAUUUUACAUUUGUUGCGUUUUCUUUUUUUUUACUUGUUAGUGUACCGUGAAAAGAAGUUUUUUUCCCCCCCAAAAUUGGUUCUUCAUUUAAAAUAUUUUAUUUAAAAUUAUUUGUAUUGCUUUUAUAUGAUAAUAAAAUGUGUUUUGACAGAAAUACUGUGCGCUGUUGUAAAUUCCAUACCUGUCAAGUUGUAAGGUGUCGGCGUAAUUUGUACAAGUGAGCACUGAUUUUUUCAUGUGUACGCCGUACGUUCAAAAUCUGUAUGUUUUUUGUGCGUUACGUUUUUGUUCUCCGUUCGGAUUUUGUCACCGUUUCAGCAACGAGACAAUGUGCGUUACUAUGUGUUACUGCGUUGGUAGAAUGACGCGAGAAAAGUCAGAGACACGGAGAGAGAAGAGCAGGAGUUGGAAGGAGGGAAGAGUGUUGUGAUGCUGUUGCAAAUGCGAUGCUAGGCUAGGUGGCUCCAAUAUUUCCUGACUGUAGCCGACAGCCUACAAUCUACGCCCACUUGAUGCUAAACUAGAUAUCACAUGCAUAUAGAACUAGAUACGAAAUGACAGACUCGGCGGCGUCAGUAAACAGCCGCCAUCUUAAAGCAGUAGACUUCUCAGUUAGGCUCUGUUGUAGUGAACCUUCCAAGCGAACCUUAGUAACUUUUUAUCUAAAUACUCCUAAAUCGGCAAAAACUUGACUUGAAUCUAUCUUUAAAUGAUGAAACAGUUUUAAACUUUCACAUGUCGAAAGUAGACAGAAGGGAACUAAUGCUAAAACGGGAGCAAUUUUAACUAUUUUAACGGUUCAUUCAAGACAUUAAAUGACUUCCAAACUUAGCAAAGGUCACAAUAAUUUUUUGUUUUUUUUCAUGAAAAAAUGAUGAAAAAAAAACAUGAAAGGUAACACCAGUUACUUUGCCAAGUAACGAAUUACUCUUACAUUCAGGUAACUGAGUUACUAACUCAUUUACAUUUUGGGAGAAUUACAUUGUAACUAAUUAAUUAAUUAAAGUAAGAUUAACAACACUGGUCAUAAAGAUGCAGUCUGCAGAAUGAAAAGUGACGAAAGCGGAGAGUUUAUUCUGCCAAUGUGUUGCCGAACACAAUUUGCCUAUUGCUGAUCACUUCUCAGAACUAGCAAAAGAAAUGUUCCCUGACUCAAAGAUUGCAUCGGUAAGUUAAUUUUAUCAAUUGACCUUGUUAAUUUAUAAUUGGACACACCAAUGAACUACCUUCAAGCAAGGGCGUAGGUUUGGUCUCAACAUCGGUAGGGACGCGAUAGCAGCAUAACCUGCAUGUCCACUUUUUGCUGGGGACGGGAUAUUAAUGAGACAGAUUGGGUAAAUUUCUCAGAAAUAGUUGGUUCAUACGUAAAGUGAAAAAAGUUAAAAUUAUUUUAAUUUUUCAAAAUGCUUGCGUCAUGUAAGGGAAAUUAACAGUGGUUGUGUUUUUGAUUUUUUUAUUGGGGGGGUUAAAAAUGUGCUAAGGCUGCUAAUAAAAAUAUAUAUUUUUAAUGAUGUAGAAAAUAAAUAAAUUUUAAUUAAGGAAUAAGUGCACAAAAUGCAGUUGAAUUAACGUUAACAGUAGAAAA